AUGAAGGCACAUUCCUCGUAUCGAGCCCCCAUAGGUGAUGAAUUUGCUUCUUCCUUAACAACCUUUCUCACCUCCCCUGUGCUUGGGCUGGUCUCCUCUAAUGCUUGUUUCAUUCCCUCAGUCCCUACAGAUUUUGGCAAACGGGUGUACCAAGGAGUGCGAGUGAAACACACGGUCAAAGACCUUCUCGCUGAAAAACGAUCCAGGCAGAGCAGUGGCUCCCGCUGCAGCGGCAGCGCCAGCAUGCCGCAGUCGCCAUUUGUCCAAAUACCAGGCUCGCCUACCACGGCUGGUUACUACGGCGUCAGGAGAUCCUUCACGGCCGAGCUGGAUUUCCACAACGCAAAGCAGUUUGUCAGCGAUGUCUACUCACCCCCUCCGGGGUCCAAGCCCCUCUCGUGCGAUUCCUCUGCUGUCCAGGGCUACCCGGCGCUCCUGGACCCGUAUCUCCCCGAGCAAUACGGGGAUCACCACCGUACCGCUCCCUUCACGUCCGGUACCGGCUCCUUCUUCGGCCCUUCCUCGCUGCCCCCUCUCCUGCCGUCCUUCCCUGCUGACACAGCACAUUUCCCGCUAAGAGAGCCCUGGGAACAGCCCUGUCCCGACAGUCUCGGCCAGGCCGACGGCACGUGCUCCGAGUCCCUCCCAGCGCUGCCUGCCGCUGCCGGCUGCCUCUCCUCCCACGAGACCGGAACCGCAGCCCCGUACAGAAGCUCGGGCUGGACCCCCGCCGUCCCCGGAGCCCAGCCUUACCCCCUGCACCCUCUCGAAGAGGUCCACUACUCCCCCAGCUACGCUGCCACCUCACCCUACGCCUUUUCACCAUUUAUGACUGUGGCAAACGAGCUCACUGCCAGGAUGAGCCACCUCUCACCCGAGCAGUCCUCGGAUACGCCGCCCCUCCACGACACCUCCUCCUGGGCGAAGGAGGACGGAGGGCCCGUCUGGGGGACAUUCGAUGGCCAGAGAACUUACUGA